GUGUGUGUGUGAGAGAGAGAGAGAGAGUUAGCGAGUUUUUUUUUUUGUCCAUCUACAAUCCUCCUCCUCCUCCUCCUCCUCCUCCUCCUCCUCUUCUCCACGAAGUUCAUGUCUUCCUCGUGCGGCCCCUCUGGCAGCAAGGACGAUUGUGGCCGCAUGGGCGAUGAUGGAGGCAAGGGCAAAGCCGGCAGCAAGGGCAAAGGCGGCUGCAAGGGCAAGGGGGCCAACGACAAACCGCCAUUUGAUCCUGCACCGGAAGCAAAGCAGAUGGAUCUGGAGAAGAACAAACCAGCGUACAAAUGGGUGCUGCGCAGACAGGAGGCGGAACCUUUGGGGUAUGGCAACUAUUGGCACAAGUGCAAGCUCUAUGGCCGGUUGUGGACAGCGUCAUACACACGUGUUGUCGGCCAUUUCACAGCGAAGAGAGACCCAUGUCCAGGGCGGACAGGGGAGAUCCUCCAUAUCCUAGCAAGCAAGGGGGCGAAGAUUGACUGUCCCAGCACACGUAGAAUCAUCCAAUUGUACCGACGGGAGAACGACAUCGCAGACUAUUCGAAUGCACAACCUGUGGUGGACGCUGCGGAGGAAGAAACCUUGGCGGACUUCAUCGUGACCCCGCCGGCACCAGGCAGAGAGGCAAUUGGCGAGAGUGCAGAUGGGGCUUGUGGGCAGAGCUUGGACAUCGCGUGGGGGUUUCAUUUGUACGAGCACGGGGCUCCCUUCAACUAUGUGACCGGGGAGAAGACGCAGGAGCUCCACGAGUUGUACUUGGAGCUGGGGGAGAAGAAGCAAAGGGUGAAGACGCCGAACAGAAUGCAGAUGGCCACAGUUGUCCUCGACAUUGCAUACGAACGGACAAGAGAGUCGAUGAGGCCGUUGAUGGAGGGAUGGGACUUCACAGGCUGCACACUGAUCACAGACGGGUGCACGGAUCGCAAGUUCCGACCCGUCAUGAACUUCAUUGCAGCCGGCGAGAGCGGAGCUGUUUUGCUGAAGGUGGUCGAUAUGUCGAAGAGAAAGAAGACUGCAAUCACGUUGUGGGAGGGGGUGAUCCGUGAGAUCGGUGUGCAAAGAGUGAAUGCUUUGUGCACAGAUAAUGCCGAGGUGAACAAGCAUGCGGCCAGGCUGUUGAGGAGGCGAACAAAUCUCAACAUCUCACGGAUUCCGUGGGUGCCUUGCGCAGCUCAUUGCCUCAACUUGCUUCUCAAGGGAAUCAGCGACGAGCCAUGGGUCCACGAGUUGUACAAGAGGGGCAAGAYCAUUGUCAAGUGCAUCAAGAACCACCACAAGACAGCGCAGAUGUUCCUUGACAGCUCGGAGAUGGAACGGACCAGGACACUCAUCAUGCCUACAGACGUGCGGUUUGCCUCCGUGUAUCUCAUGUUAGAGAGGCUGUUCAACCGGAAGAAGGUGCUGAAGAACAUGAUGAAGGAAGGGUGGCUGGACAUCAAGUGGUCUUCAGGAAGAAGCGCAACAUUGUUGACGUUGUCGCAUUGCAGUUCGUGUGACAGCGAUGUGGAGCACGGCCACACCUGCGAGCGCAACUGGUCCACUAUGGACCUCGUGCAUGAGAAGAGGAGAAACCAGCUUUCCAGCGACACUAUAAACGAGCUUGUUUAUGUGCACUGGAACUUGCAGUUGUUGAAGGUGAAGAAGAAGAAGGCAGGGGGCUUCAUCGACAUGUGGGCUGAUUUCUUUGGUGUGGACGGUCCUCUGCCUGCUGCAGAUCCUGACAUUCUUCCCGAUGACGCGCUCCCGUCAACGGAAGAGGUGGCUCGGCGGGAUCGCCUGAGGAAGGCGCCGUACGGAAGAAUUCCGAAGGUGGGGAGGGUGGACCAGUCCAGCGGGACCGACAGCAGCGAUGAUGGGGAGGAUCUGGUAUGGCGGGGGAAGGGGAACAAAAGACAGGGGAUGGAAUGUUUGGAUGCUCCACUGGAGGGGAAGGGUAAAGCGCAAGUCGAUUACGAAUAUUAUGGAGAAGAGGAAGAAGAGGAGGAUGAAUACGACGACAUGGAGUUUGGACUUCGAGGGAGCGUGRACUCUGACGAAGAGCACAACGACGACGACGAUGAGGAUGGGGAUGCUCUUACGAUSGGGCAACCAACAGGUCACUUGGAUAGCGAUCUGGAGYUCUUGAUGCCUCGUUYURAARUCCGACAGCGAGCCACGGAUGAUGAUGACGAGGCCGUGAGAGCGAUGGCACAAGCACUUGCAAAGAGAGAUCAUGCCAUCGUGAUGCAGCGURUGGAGGAGGAGGAAGYGARGCGUGUGGCYGUUCCCCGUCGGACCGYAGGAAAASGAGGGGACCCAGGGGAGGGACGUGGUGCUGCGCAAACGGAAACAGGAAGUGUGGCCGUUGCAGCAGGAGGUGGGCAASAGACCGAAGCGGCRUUGGAGGAGACAGCGUCYGGAUCACGAACGCACCGUGAAUUGACYGAAAAGACACAGCAAGGUUGUAAUCCAUCYGCCGAACAGAACGAGGAAGCACAGGAAGAGGGUCACRGUGCACAAGGCAGGCYAGAUGUGCCGCAUGUCUACAAGAGGCGGACGCAUGCAGCCACUGCACGCCCACCUCCCACUGUGCCCUCCGARGAGUCUCAGCCAGACUUCCCUCCUUUGCUUGCUGAAUUGCAGCACGACAACCUAGAGAAGAGCACGGUGGGAAGGAAGAGGAAGGAGGUGGAACAGACUGCACCAAUCACUGCGGCAAAGAGGGGACGGGGAAGACCUCGGAAACAACGACCUGAGACGGUGUGUGAACCGGAAGAUCUGCCCCCUCGCAGAGAACGGAAACAGCGAGCGGCAAAGAAGAACCCGCAUAUCAUUGAAGAUGAUGACGAGGCCACGGAUCAAUCGGGGGACAACAGCGGCAGCGACGACAACGACCCCGGCUCGAGGAAUGAAUGGCGUUAGAUGAUGAGAGAGAGCGAGAGAGAGAGAGAGAGAGAGAGAGAGAGAGAGAGAAAAACUGAUAUGCGCGGACCGGG